AAGUCACGAGUCAUGGGAAGGAGUCCUCACGAGAGCGCCACUAUUAUUAUCAAUGAACUCAAACUGCCACUAACUGUGGAUGAAUUAUUGGAUCAGAUUCACGAAGAGUUUACGAUAGCCUUGAAAGACGUGCAGCUGAUGCCGGGUGCGGAACGGCUGGUGCGGCACUUGUAUGCGAGUGGUAUACCGAUGGCCAUCGCCACCGGAUCCAACUCUCACCAGUACUUCUCUAAAAUCGCCAAAUUUGACCACUUCUUUAGCAAAAGUAAUUUCUUCAGACACUAUGUGUUGGCCGGAGACGACCCACACGUCAAGAGAGGAAAACCAUUCCCCGAUGUCUUCAUCGAAGCCAUGAAUAGAUUUGAGCCAAACCUCAAACCACAGAAUGUUUUGGUCUUUGAGGACAGUCCGCUUGGAAUAGAGGCGGCGUUGGCCGCAGACAUGCCAUGCGUUUGGGUUCCCGACCCUCGGACUGACACGAGUGGACACAACGCUACUAUUGUCCUCAAAUCACUCGAAGACUUUAAGCCAGAAUUGUUUGGUUUACCACCGUUUGAGAGUUGAGACCAUUUAUCAAUUUAGUUCUUGUCGUUGAAUAACAAAUAAAACAAAUACCGG